AAAAACUUUAUCGUGCGGCAGGUUUUCAAAUUGACUCCAACUUCAACACUUUGGCAUGUCUGAUCAGGAAAGCGACAUAGAGCAGGAUGUACUUGAUGACACUAUUGUUAAUAAAUACAAAAUGGCAGCAGAAGUUACUAAUGCGGUAUUACUGGAGUUGAUAGACCGUUGUGUUGAUGGUGCUUCAAUCUUGGAAUUAUGUGAAUUAGGUGAUAAACGAAUCAACGAGAAAGUAUCGCAGUUCUUCAAAAAAGAAAAAGAAAUGAAAAAAGGCAUUGCUUUCCCAACUUCAAUCAGUUUAAACAACAUUAUGUGUCAUUAUUCUCCUAUCGAUGGUGAAGAAAACGAUCCUGUAGAAAUCAAGAAUGGAGAUCUCGUUAAAAUUAAUGUUGGUGCACAUGUAGAUGGUUAUGCUGCCAUAGUCGGACAUACAAUGGUUGUUGGAGCGUCUCAGAAUAAUAAAGUGACCGGUAAAAAAGCAGAUGUCAUAGUUGCCGCACACACCGCAGCAGAAGCUAUCUUGCGGACACUUAGACCGAAUAUCGAGAAUACAAGAGCUUCUGAAGUUGUUGGGAAGGCUACUUUAGAUUUCAACUGUCAUCCCGUAGAAGGCAUGCAGUGCCAUCAAAUGAAAAGAUUGAUAUACGACGCAGAAAAGAGCAUUGUGUUUAGUCCUACAGAGGAACAGAAAAAGACUAUAGAGAAGUGCACUUUUGAUACAAAUGACGUAUGGAAUGUAGAUAUUAUCGUGUCAACAGGUGACGGAAAGCCACGAGAGCACAAAGCAAGAACAACUCUGUACAAGAAGAACGAAACGUUGUAUCAGUUAAAAAUGAAGGCUUCGCGUCAAAUAUAUAGUGAGAUUGCAAAUAAAUGUUUGGCCUACCCAUUCAAUAUCCGUGCCUUGGAGGAUGUCAAAAAAGCUCGACUCGGUAUAACGGAGUGUAUAAAACAUGGUGUUAUCCAGCCACUAUCUGUGUACUGUGAAAAAGAUGAGGAAUUCGUUGCUCAAUUCAGGUUUACUGUCCUGCUGAUGCCUAACGGUCCAAUGAAAGUUACUGGAUUACCCUUCGACUCCUCUUUGUACAAAUCUGAACUGAAAGUCAAAGAUCAGGAUAUCAAGGAGUUAUUAGCUCAGCCCGUUAAAAUACAAAGCAAGAAGAAAAAGACGAAAUCAGAAACCGGUGAUAAAAUUACAGCGUAGGAAUCUUGUUUGUAACAUUAAUUUGUCUUUCGAAAUAUAUAUGGUUGUCAAAAGCAACAUUUUGACAAAUGAUUGGUGCACAUAAAAAGCAAUGGUUCAUUUUUCUUAUCCAGUCAUGAGUGUUGGACUCUAGUGUUGUUCA